GUCCUACUAGCACUGAAGAACCAGUUACAAAUCUGAGCAACUCUAGUCCACCUUCUGAGAAAAGCACAAUAGAAGAUACAUUUAGUACAGAAAGCAACUCACCAACAGUGCCUAUAGUGACUACAACUUAUGGAAUCUCUACUGAAAUAAUUUCAAGUACAACAUCAGAAGUUAUUGUGACUGGAGAAAUCUCUACAACAGAGAGCAGCUCAAGUGCAUUAGCAAAUCCUAUUAGCACUGAAGAAUCAGUUACGAAUUUGAGCAACUCUAGCCCACCUUCUGAGAAGAGCACAACAAAGAGCAAAAUAGAGAGCAGCUCACCAACUGUGCCUGUAAUGACUACAACUUAUGGAAUCUCUACUGAAAUAGUAUCAAGUUCAACAUCAAAAGAAACUGAGACUGGAGCAAUCUCUACAGUAGAGAGCAGCUCAACUGUAUCAACAAAUCCUAUUAGUACUGAAGAACCAGUUACAGUUCUGAGCAAUACUAGUCCUAACAGCACAGAAGAACCAAGUACACAGUUUAGCAGCUCUAUAACUCCUUUUUGGCAAAGCACACCUAAAGAAAUUUUAAACACAGAAAACAGCCCAUCUACAUUGCUUGUAUUAAGUACAACUGCAGAAGAAACAGUGACUGGAGAAAAGUCGACACUAGAGAGCAGCUCAAGUGCACUAGCAAAUCCUAUUAGCACUGAAGAACCAGUUACAGCUUUGAACAAUACAAGUCCGCCUUCUGAGAAGAGCACAAUAGAAGAAACUUUUAGUACAGGGAGCAGCUCACCGACAGUGCCUAUAAUGACUACAACUUAUGGAAUCUCUACUGAAAUAGUUUCAAGGACAACAUCAAAAGAAAGUGUGACUGGAGAAACCUCUACAGCAGAGAGCAGCUCAAGUGCGCCAGCAAAUCCCAUUAGCACUGUAGAACCGAUUACAUCUCUGAGUAACACUAACCCACUUUCUUGGCAAAGCACAACUAAAGAAACCUUAAACACAAAAAGCAGCUCAUCUGUAGCAUCUAUAUUGACUACAAGUAAUGAAAGAGUUUCCAGUGCAGAAGGUAAAGUGACUGAGGAAAUCUCUACGCCAGAGAUCAGGUCUAGUGCACCACCAAAUCCUAUUAGCACUGAGGAACCAGUUACAAUACUGGGCAAUACUAGUCAUCCUGCUGGGAAAAUCACAACUGAAGAAACCUUUAGCACAAAGAGCAUCGUAUCUGCAGUGUCUACAUUUACUGCAACUAAUGAGAUUACUAAUGACAUAGUUUCUAGUCCAAUAUCAGAUUUAGCUGGAAAAAUCUCUACUCCAAAGAGCAGCUCAAGUGCACCACCAAAUCCUAUUAGCACUGAAGAACCAGUUACAGCUCCGAGCAACACAAGUCCUCUAUCCCAGUUAAAUUCAACUAAUGAAAGUUUAACACCUAAACACCUCACCACCAAUACAAUGGUAGAGCUUAUUAGCUCUAGUGCAAAUUCUGAGCAUAUCACAACUGUAACAGGAGCUAUAUCUUUGAGCAGUUCUAAUACAGGCUCAAAAUAUAUUACCACUGAGGAACAAACUAUAUCUUUCCCCGUUUCAGGUGCAUCAGCUAUUAUAACCUCAACACAAGGAGUUAAACAAACAGUGAUCAUGACAGAAACAUCACAAAGAGAAACGUCUGGUACCAGUUCCUCCAACCAAACACCAAUUACUUCAACAACUGUUGUGCAAACUGCUGGGUACGCAACCACGGUCCCAGCACUAAUCACUACUGCAACAACAAAAAAUGCAUCACUUUAUAUAUCUACCGCAUCUGUAAUUUCUACAUCUGUAGGGUACAGUAGCAUGAGUACACAUGCAAAUCAAGUUAUUUCUACAACUGCAAUCAACACCACAACUUUUCCUGUGGUUUGCAACUUACCAUGUAUGAACGGGUGGUGCAACAUUAAACCUGAAACUGCCACUCCUGUGUGUUCAUGCAGUGCUGGUUUUAGUCCUGACCCGUCUAACACACUUUGUAUAGACAUUAAUGAAUGUGUACUGAACCUGGACAACUGCCAGCAACUGUGCUUUAACACAAUUGGUGGAUAUUUUUGCUCAUGCCAGGAUGGAUAUGAGAAAAAUCAACAAAGCCCACAGAAUUGUGACAAAAUUGACUACUGUAAAAGCUCCCCCUGCAAAAAUGGUCAAUGCCAGAGUGGACUCUUAAGCUAUACAUGCAGUUGCAAUGCAGGGUGGCACGGAACCAACUGUGAUACAGACGUGAAUGAAUGUGAGUCCAGUCCAUGUGCUAAGGGUACCUGUAAUAACACACUAGGAUCCUUUGUGUGUAUAUGCAUGGCAGGCUGGACAGGACCUACAUGCAAUAAAGAUGUUAAUGAAUGUAAUUUGACGCCAUGUCAAAAUGGAGGGCAAUGCACAAACACCUUGGGAAGUUACACUUGUUCAUGUGUACCAGGAUACCAGGGUGUAAACUGUGAGCAAAAAAUCAAUGAGUGCCUGAGUACCCCUUGCUGGAAUGGAGCCACCUGCAACAGCUUGAUCAAUGCUUUCUCCUGUACUUGUGUUCCUGGUUACACGGGAAGAUUCUGUGAAGUCGAAAUUAAUGAAUGCUACAGCAACCCCUGCAAAAAUGGUGGAGUAUGCAUUGAUAGAGUCAAUGGCUUCUCUUGUCGAUGUACAGUGAAUUGGCAGGGACUAUUCUGUGAUCAGGAUGUAAAUGAGUGCACUACUGGGCUCAGCAGAUGCAGUGUGAAUGGAAACUGUACAAACACUCUUGGAUCCUAUACAUGUGCAUGCAACAAUGGAUAUUCUGGAGAUGGAUUUACCUGCAGAGAAAAACGCCUGUUUGACUACAGUUCAGAUAUCAAAAUAACCCAACGUUUAAAAGAUUUUACCUCUCCAUUAAUUAGUGUUCCCAUGCGCUUUCCCUUUGGCAACUCAUUCUACAGCAAUUUAUAUAUCACAGAUAAUGGAGUUAUUAUGUUCCAGCGUUAUUUCUAUGAACCUAUGUACAUAUUCAGCUAUCCCUAUAGUCAUUUCUACAGCAAUGAUUAUUCUAGGCCUCCCAUGAUUGCGGUUUUUUGGGCAGAUGCUGAUAUGUCACAAACAGGGGACCUGUAUUACCAGACUUAUGACUUCCAGCAAGCACCAAACUAUCAGGCAGCAUUCAAAACAGAACUUGAAACUGAGAUAAAAACCUAUUUUAAUAUGCCAUUUACAGCCCUCUGGGCUAUCAAGAUCACAUGGGCGAAAGUUCUACCAUACCCAUCAUAUUACUUCACAUCAGCCAAUACAAAUACCUUUCAAGCUGUGUUAGUGACUGAUGGCAUCUAUUCUUUCUGCCUUAUGCGCUUUGAUGAUGGAGGAAUGAACUGGAAAUAUCAAGCACUGCCUACAUAUUAUCUCCCAAAAAUGGGAUACUUCAGUGGGGAGCCUCACCUAAAUAAUAACAAUAAUUUCCCAGCAUUCAAUGACCCUCAGACAUUCAGUAGUAACCUCCAAAUGAUUUACACACCAGACCAAUAUAAAGGAUACAAUACCAACAGAAUUGGUUAUUGGGCUUAUAGACUUGAAAUGAAUACAGCAAACACCAAAAACACCUGGCAGCAGUGUCUCAGCUGGUAUUACAAUGAGCCAUAUCCAUACUGGUCCGACUAUACUUCUCCUUGUCCUUGUUCUUACUGGCAAGCCAUAUAUGAUUCAUCAUUCACUUCAUCCAACAGACUGAACCAAUAUAGUUUCCCAAGGAAAAGCUCAGAUAUCUUUUUAAGCUUCCAGAGCGCAUUUCCUACUUUCUAUGGAGGAGGCACAAGAUGUAACUAUUACUGGUCUGGAUCCCUUAUCUAUGGAGAAAAAGAAAGAUUCUUGCCAACGCCUUGGAUAUAUGAUAAUUCCUGGUGGUCCCCUCAACUCCAAAACUAUUUUAGGCAUACAGCAUUACCAUUACUAAUUAGUCAAUACCAAGCUAAUGAGAUUAAUCCAUUUGAAAACUGCUGUACGUUGGGUUCUCCCUAUCUUUGUUAUCUGUAUUCACAGAAGAGGCCUAGGGAUUACUGCUACGGCUACAUACAACCACGUAUAGGAUAUUUCUAUGGGGAUCCUCAUAUUAACACACUGGAUGGAGUGCAGUAUACCUUUAAUGGUUUGGGUGAAUUUAUAGUGGUUAAUGUACAGGGCAAUAAUGGUACAAUUUUCCAGCUCCAAGGACGCACAGCCAGAGCAGGGAUUAAUGGAACAUCCCAAGCAACCAAUUUUGUUGCACUGGCAGCAGAAAUAAACAGUGAAAUGAAGGUUGAAUGGUACCUCUCUGAUAAAAACACCACUUUUGUGAAGGUUAAUGGUACAGAAUUCACAUUAUCAGAUAAUAUCACAUCAUUGGGAACAGUCACCCUGGAAACCACAACUGAGCAAGGACUCAAAGCAUCUUUUGUUGGUGGCAUCUCAGUGGCAGUUUCUGCAGCAUUUGGGGCUCUGAGCUUUGUAGCAACAUUAGAUUCUUCAUAUCAGAACAAAACAGAAGGACUUCUGGGUCUUUACGACGAGAAUGUCACAGAUGACUUUAUGUAUUCUAAUGGAACGUUUCUAAGCUAUGAUGGUGUUACACUCCCUAGUGAUUCUGCUAUUUUUGAGAUGGGAAUGACAUGGAAGACCACCCCGAAUAGCAGCAUUUUUAGUUACAACUCAACAAAUAAUGAAUCUUGGUACACCUACAACAAUAACAGCUUUGUGCCCCUGUUUUAUGAUGAACUUCUACAGACCAGUAACAAAACACUUAUUGACUCAGCAAAUGCAACUUGUAAAGGAAACAAUGAAUGCAUUUUUGACAUCCUGAGCACUGGAAAUCUUGCAGUCGGACAAGCCACACUUGGUGCAGCAAACUCAGCUACAGCACAAGCAAACAGCAUGAAUAAUUUCCCUCCUGACAUAACGGGACCAACCACGAUUUCCACAACAUUAAACACAUCAGUUACAGUGAACUACACAGUAACUGACCAGAACAAUGAUCAAGUGAUAUUGUCCUUAGAGACAGAUUCCAAAGAUAUAACUAUCACAGCUAAUGGCACACUGGUAUGGACUCCAACAAGCUCAGACCCAUUUAAUGUUACUAUUCAGGCAAAUGAUUCUAAAGCAAUCACUACUUUUAUCCUUACACUGGUGCUGUGUAACUGCUCAAACAAUGGCAGCUGCCUCUUUAAUCAAAAUACCAGUAUUCCUAAUUACCCUAACUUCAAGGUGGCUGGCUGUAACUGUACUGAAGCAUGGACUGGAAUUUACUGUGAAGAUGAUUUUGAUGGCUGUUUGGAAAAUCAAUGUUAUGUAAAUAGUACUUGUGAAGAUGUUAAAGCUCCUGGUGUAGGAUUUAGCUGUGGUGCAUGUCCUGCUGGCAUGACAGGAAAUGGACUACAAUGUGCUGACAUUGAUGAAUGUUAUCUUAACAUAUCAAACUGUGAGCAGAUAUGUAACAAUUUCCCAGGAGGGUACAGCUGUAGCUGUAUGGAAGGUUACCAAGUGAAUCAAACCAACAGCUCCAAGUGUGAAGAUAUCAAUGAAUGUCAAAACGCAACUUAUUACCCAUGUGGUGAGAAUACAGAGUGUAUUAAUCUCCCUGGAAACUACUCAUGCGAGUGCCAAACUGGGUAUUCUGGGAAUCCCACUCUUUUUUGUGCUGAUAUCAAUGAAUGUGCAUUGUUCCCGUGUCCAAAUACAUCGAUUUGUAUCAACACCAAUGGCUCAUACACAUGUGACUGUCUGCCAGGGUAUAAUGGGACUAACUGCACAGAUAUAAAUGAAUGUGAGACAAACAACACAUGCCCCCAGAAUUCCAUGUGUAAUAACACAAUUGGAUCCUACACAUGUAACUGCAACACCGGCUAUUCGGGACAAAAUUGCACAGAUAUCGAUGAAUGUUCCAUUGGAACGUAUAACUGUGGCCCUAAUUCAAAUUGUUCUAACACAGUUGGGUCCUAUAGGUGUGCGUGCGUAACUGGAUUCACAGGCAAUGGUGUACAAUGUGAAGAUAUUAAUGAGUGCAUGAGUAAUAAUUCUGUCUGUGAUGGAAAUAGCACCUGUAAGAAUACAAAUGGCAGCUAUAUUUGUGAAUGUGAUGUCGGAUUUACAAACAAUAAUGGAUUAUGCGUAGACGUUAAUGAAUGCAAUUCUACAUCUUACUGCACAGCUGAAGGACAAAUAUGCAAAAAUACAGUGGGCAGCUUUGAAUGUAAUUGUAAAACUGGCUACAUUAUGGACAAUAACACAUGUAUAGAUAUUAAUGAAUGUGCACUGAAUACUACAAACAACUGCUCGAGUAAUGCAUUCUGCAGUAACAUUGCUGGCUCCUAUGUCUGUCUUUGCUACAGCAACUAUACGGGUGAUGGUUUCAGUUGCACAGAAUAUGUUCCGACAUCAAUACCAACUACUUCUCCAACACCAGUGUCUUUGACUACUCUGACUGAGACAACAACGAACAACACAACAGCAGUGACAACUGGAACCAUAAGUGAGACAGGUUUUGUGUCUGUGACAAGCAACAAUAUUCUAAUAUCAUCUGAACUGAAUACUGAAGCUCAAACUACAUUGGUGUACACAACAGCUCUGCCAUCUGGAACUAGUACUGAACCUGGUACCAGCAACAGUGCUGUCACUUCAUCUGAACCCCAUUCUUUAAGUUCUGAAACCAGUUCAACCACUGUUCUUCUCACUACAACAUCAGAGACUGCAACAGCCCUCCCAUCUGGAACUACAAGCACUGAAACUAAUACUGAACCUGUAACCAGCAACAGUGCUGUCACUUCAUCUGAACCACAUUCUUUAAGUUCUGAAACCAGUUCAACCACUGUUCUUGUCACCACAACAUCAGAGACUGCAACAGCUCUCCCAUCUGGAACUACAAGCACUGAAACUAGUACCGAACCUGUUACCAGCAACAGUGCUGUCACUUCAUCUGAACCCCAUUCUUUAAGUUCUGAAACCAGUUCAACCACUGUACUUGUCACUACAUCAGAGACUGCAACAGCUCUCCCAUCUGGAACUACAAGCACUGAAACUACUACUGAACCUGUUACCAGCAACAGUGCUGUUACUUCAUCUGAACCCCAUUCUUUAAGUUUUGAAACCAGUUCAACCACUGUACUUGUAACUACAACAUCAGAGACUGCAACAGCUCUCCCAUCUGGAACUACAAGCACUGAAACUAGUACUGAACCUGUUACCAGCAACAGUGCUGUCACUUCAUCUGAACCACAUUCUUUAAGUUCUGAAAUCAGUUCAACCACUGUACUUGUCACCACAACAUCAGAGACUGCAACAGCUCUCCCAUCUGGAACUACAAGCACUGAAACUAGUACCGAACCUGUUACCAGCAACAGUGCUGUCACUUCAUCUGAACCCCAUUCUUUAAGUUCUGAAACCAGUUCAACCACUGUACUUGUCACUACAUCAGAGACUGCAACAGCUCUCCCAUCUGGAACUACAAGCACUGAAACUACUACUGAACCUGUUACCAGCAACAGUGCUGUUACUUCAUCUGAACCCCAUUCUUUAAGUUUUGAAACCAGUUCAACCACUGUACUUGUCACUACAACAUCAGAGACUGCAACAGCUCUCCCAUCUGGAACUACAAGCACUGAAACUAGUACUGAACCUGUAACCAGCAACAGUGCUGUCACUUCAUCUGAACCCCAUUCUUUAAGUUCUGAAACCAGUUCAACCACUGUACUUGUAACUACAACAUCAGAGACUGCAACAGCUCUCCCAUCUGGAACUACAAGCACUGAAACUAGUACUGAACCUGUUACCAGCAACAGUGCUGUCACUUCAUCUGAACCACAUUCUUUAAGUUCUGAAAUCAGUUCAACCACUGUACUUGUCACUACAUCAGAGACUGCAACAGCUUUCCCAUCUGGAACUACAAGCACUGAAACUACUACUGAACCUGUUACCAGCAACAGUGCUGUUACUUCAUCUGAACCCCAUUCUUUAAGUUCUGAAACCAGUUCAACCACUGUUCUUAUAAUCACAACAUCAAAUACUGCAACAGCUCUCCCAUCUGGAACUACAAGCACUGAAACUAGUACUGAACCUGUUACCAGCAACAGUGCUGAUACUUCAUCUGAACCCCAUUCUUUAAGUUUUGAAACCAGUUCAACCACUGUUCUUGUCACCACAACAUCAGAGACUGCAACAGCCCUCCCAUCUGGAACUACAAGCACUGAAACUAGAACUGAAUCUGUUACCAGCAACAGUGCUGAUACUUCAUCUGAACCCCAUUCUUUAAGUUCUGAAACCAGUUCAACCACUGUACUUGUAACUACAACAUCAGAGACUGCAACAGCCCUCCCAUCUGGAACUACAAGCACUGAAACCAGUACUGAACCUGUUACCAGCAACAGUGCUGUCACUUCAUCUGAACCCAAUUCUUUAAGUUCUGAAACCAGUUCAACCACUGUUCUAGUCACCACAACAUCAGAGACUGCAACAGCCCUCCCAUCUGGAACUACAAGCACUGAAACUAGUACUGAACCUGUAACCAGCAACAGUGCUGUCACUUCAUCUGAACCACAUUCUUUAAGUUCUGAAACCAGUUCAACCACUGUACUUGUAACUACAACAUCAGAGACUGCAACAGCUCUCCCAUCUGGAACUACAAGCACUGAAACUAGUACUGAACCUGUUACCAGCAACAGUGCUGUAACUUCAUCUGAACCCCAUUCUUUAAGUUUUGAAACCAGUUCAACCACUGUUCUAGUCACCACAACAUCAGAGACUGCAACAGCCCUCCCAUCUGGAACUACAAGCACUGAAACUACUACUGAACCUGUUACCAGCAACAGUGCUGUUACUUCAUCUGAACCCCAGUCUUUAAGUUUUGAAACCAGUUCAACCACUGUUCUUGUCACCACAACAUCAGAGACUGCAACAGCCCUCCCAUCUGGAACUACAAGCACUGAAACUAGAACUGAAUCUGUUACCAGCAACAGUGCUGAUACUUCAUCUGAACCCCAUUCUUUAAGUUCUGAAACCAGUUCAACCACUGUACUUGUAACUACAACAUCAGAGACUGCAACAGCCCUCCCAUCUGGAACUACAAGUACUGAAACUAGUACUGAACCUGUUACCAGCAACAGUGCUGUUACUUCAUCUGAACCCCAUUCUUUAAGUUUUGAAACCAGUUCAACCACUGUUCUUGUCACCACAACAUCAGAGACUGCAACAGCCCUCCCAUCUGGAACUACAAGCACUGAAACUACUACUGAACCUGUUACCAGCAACAGUGCUGUUACUUCAUCUGAACCCCAGUCUUUAAGUUUUGAAACCAGUUCAACCACUGUUCUUGUCACCACAACAUCAGAGACUGCAACAGCCCUCCCAUCUGGAACUACAAGCACUGAAACUAGAACUGAAUCUGUUACCAGCAACAGUGCUGAUACUUCAUCUGAACCCCAUUCUUUAAGUUCUGAAACAAGUUCAACCACUGUACUUGUAACUACAACAUCAGAGACUGCAACAGCUCUCCCAUCUGGAACUACAAGCAGUGAAUCUAGUACCGAAUCUGAUACCAGCAACAGUGCUGUUACUUCAUCUGAACCCCAUUCUUUAAGUUCUGAAAGCAGUUCAACCAUUGUUCUUGUCACCACAACAUCAGAGACUGCAACAGCCCUCCCAUCUGGAACUACAAGCACUGAAACUAGUACUGAACCUGAUACCAGCAACAGUGCUGUCACUUCAUCUGAACCCCAUUCAUUAAGUUCUGAAACCAGUUCAACCACUGUACUUGUCACUACAACAUCAGAGACUGCAACAGCCCUCCCAUCUGGAACUACAAGCACUGACACUAGUACUGAACCUGAUACCAGCAACAGUGCUGUAACUUCAUCUGAACCCCAAUUUUUAAGUUCUGAAAGCAGUUCAACCAUUGCUCUUGUCACCACAACAUCAGAGACUGCAACAGCCCUCCCAUCUGGAACUACAAGCACUGAAACUAGUACUGAACCUGAUACCAGCAACAGUGCUGUAACUUCAUCUGAACCCCAGUCUUUAAGUUCUGAAACCAGUUCAACCACUGUACUUGUCACUACAACAUCAGAGACUUCAACAGCCCUCCCAUCUGGAACUAUAAGCACUGAAAGUAGUACUGAACCUGUAAACAGCAACAGUGCUGUCACUUCAUCUGAACCACAUUCUUUAAGUUCUGAAACCAGUUCAACCACUGUACUUGUAACCACAACAUCAGAGACUUCAACAGCCCUCCCAUCUGGAACUACAUGCACUGAAACUAGUACUGAACCUGAUACCAGCAACAGUGCUGAUACUUCAUCUGAACCCCAGUCUUUAAGUUCUGAAACCAGUUCAACCACUGUACUUGUCACUACAACAUCAGAGACUGCAACAGCCCUCCCAUCUGGAACUACAAGCACUGAACCUAGAACUGAAUCUGUUACCAGCAACAGUGCUGAUACUUCAUCUGAACCCCAUUCUUUAAGUUCUGAAACAAGUUCAACCACUGUACUUGUAACUACAACAUCAGAGACUGCAACAACUCUCCCAUCUGGAACUACAAGCAGUGAAUCUAGUACCGAACCUGAUACCAGCAACAGUGCUGUUACUUCAUCUGAACCCCAUUCUUUAAGUUCUGAAAGCAGUUCAACCAUUGUUCUUGUCACCACAACAUCAGAGACUGCAACAGCCCUCCCAUCUGGAACUACAAGCACUGAAACUAGUACUGAACCUGUUACCAGCAACAGUGCUGUCACUUCAUCUGAACCCCAAUUUUUAAGUUCUGAAAGCAGUUCAACCAUUGCUCUUGUCACCACAACAUCAGAGACUGCAACAGCCCUCCCAUCUGGAACUACAAGCACUGACACUAGUACUGAACCUGAUACCAGCAACAGUGCUGUAACUUCAUCUGAACCCCAAUUUUUAAGUUCUGAAAGCAGUUCAACCAUUGCUCUUGUCACCACAACAUCAGAGACUGCAACAGCCCUCCCAUCUGGAACUACAAGCACUGAAACUAGUACUGAACCUGAUACCAGCAACAGUGCUGUAACUUCAUCUGAACCCCAGUCUUUAAGUUCUGAAACCAGUUCAACCACUGUACUUGUCACUACAACAUCAGAGACUUCAACAGCCCUCCCAUCUGGAACUACAAGCACUGAAACUAGUACUGAACCUGUAAACAGCAACAGUGCUGUCACUUCAUCUGAACCACAUUCUUUAAGUUCUGAAACCAGUUCAACCACUGUACUUGUAACUACAACAUCAGAGACUGCAACAGCCCUCCCAUCUGGAACUACAAGCACUGAAACUAGUACUGAACCUGUUACCAGCAACAGUGCUGUUACUUCAUCUGAACCCCAUUCUUUAAGUUUUGAAACCAGUUCAACCACUGUUCUUGUCACCACAACAUCAGAGACUGCAACAGCCCUCCCAUCUGGAACUACAAGCACUGAAACUAGAACUGAAUCUGUUACCAGCAACAGUGCUGUUACUUCAUCUGAACCACAUUCUUUAAGUUCUGAAACCAGUUCAACCACUGUACUUUUAACUACAACAUCAGAGACUGCAACAGCUCUCCCAUCAGGUACUACAAGCACUGAAACUAGUACUGAACCUGUUACCAGCAACAGUGCUGAUACUUCAUCUGAACCCCAUUCUUUAAGUUCUGAAAUCAGUUCAACGACUGUUCUUGUCACAACAACAUCAGAGACUGCAACAGCUCCCCCAUCUAGAACUAUAAGCACUGAAACUAGUACCGAACCUGUUACCAGCAACAGUGCUAUCACUUCAUCUGGACCCCAUUCUUUAAGUUCUGAAACCAGUUCAACAACUGUUCUUGUCACUACAACAUCAGAGACUGCAACAGCUCUCCCAUCUGGAACUAUAAGCACUGAAACUAGUACUGAACCUGAUACCAGCAACAGUGCUAUCACUUCAUCUGGACCCCGUUCUUUAAGUUCUGAAAACAGUUCAACAACUGGUCCAACAACAACAACUGCUGCUGCUGAAAAAACAACAACCAAUGUUCCAACAACAACAAACACUGUUACCAUAAGCACAGAAGCAACAACAAACAUUGGCACAGCAACUACUGCUGCUGCAAUAACAAUCACUGGUACAACAACGACCACUGGUUCAACAGCAAACACUGAAACAACAACAAACACUGAUGCAGCAACAACAACUAGUGGCAUAACAUUAAUAACAACAACCACUGGCCCAACAAUAACAAUUGCAGCUGAGAAAACAACAACCAAUGUUCCAACAACAGCAAACACUGUUACCAUAAACACAGAAGCUACUGCAAUUACAAGCACCAGUACAACAACAACCACUGAUUCAACAGCAAACACUGAAAUAACAACCACUGGGGCAACAACAACAACCAAUGUUCCAACAACAACAAACACUGUGACCAUAAGCACAGGUGCAACAGCAACCACCACUGGUGCAAAAACAACCAACACUGGUGCAACAACAAACACUUAUACAACAACCACUGGUGCAAUAACAUCUACUGGUUCAACAUCAAUACCAAAUAAUGCUAUCUCAACACCUACAGGCACAGCAUCAAUAACAAACAAUGGUAUAGCAACAACAGCCACUAGUCCAACAACAACAACAAACACUGUUACCAUAAAUACCAUUAGCCCAACAACUACUGCAACAACUGCAACCACUAGUGCAACAACAACCUCUGCUAUAACAACAACAAAUACUGGUAUUGCAACUACUGAAGAAACAACAAACACCACAACCAUAACAACCACACCUGCAACAACAACUACCACUGCUAAAUCAACAACCACAGGUACUAUCACCACCACAACAACAACCAUCAUCCCAUCUUCUACAACAAUAUCAACUGCAAAUUCAUCCUCAACAUUUCCAGCUGUCAACCUCCUCAGUUAUGGGAAAGACGCAGGUGAUACAGAAUUUGUCAAGAGAACAGUCGAUUUUACAUCUCCACUUUUCCAACCACAGUUAGGUUUUCCUUUUGGGAACAAGCUGCAUACUAAUAUUUAUUACACUGACAAUGGCCAGAUCAUCUUCCCAGCAUCUCAAAAUGACAUCUUCAGCUACACUAACCCACCAGUUGGUGGAUUUACUUCCAACUAUCCAGUAGCCAUGAUUGCUGUGUUUUGGGAUGAUGCAGAUUUUUCCAAAAAUGUUGGGACCACAUAUUUUCAGGAAUACACUAAGAAUAGCGUAAGCGCUGCAAGCAAUUCUACAUUUCAAGUUGUUGAAGAUAUGGUCAGAAGAUAUGUUAAUGCAAGCUACACUGCUCAGUGGAUUUUAAAGAUUACAUGGGAAAAUGCUCCUCCGUACCCAGCUGCAGCUUUUAGUACACAGACCAAUACAUACCAAGCUGUGCUUACCACUGAUGGCUAUAUAUCCUAUGUCUUGAUGCUGUACAAAGAUGGUGCAAUGAACUGGAAUGUGAGCAGUCGUGUAGCCAAUGUCGUAAUGGGUUACUCGAGUGGCAAUGGAGAUAAUUUUUACAAAAAUGAUGACCUGAUGAAACGCCCACCAUCUGAACGAUAUCGACCUUGUAACUACCAAGGACUGACAUCAGCCAAUGUGCGAGGCCUCUGGAUAUAUAACCUGAACAGCCAGGCUGUGAGUAACAACCGUAUGACAUGCAUGACCUGGAUUAAUUCUCAGCCUGCUCCCUCAACAUGGAAUUCAGGUUUGGUGUCCUGUCCAUGCUUGUACCAGCAGGGAAUCUCUGAUUCCAGAUUCAGAAAAACCAAAGCAGGAACAUCUGGCAGCAUCACUAUGCUCCGCAACACAAUGCCCAGUAGGUUAAAGGCUGGUGUUAGGUGCCUGUACCUCAAUAAAAAACAGUUUUUAGAAGGCUUCCAAGAAAGGUCUUGGACAUCUCCAUCCUCUCAGCAUGACCUAGAACUCACAGCAUAUGACGUUUGCUGCAAUAAGCUGGAUGACCCACAGUUCUGUUCACUGUACAUACAAAAGAGACCCGAAAUUAAUUGCAGAAGUUAUAGGUCGUUAUCUUCUGGUUCGAGUGUUGGAGACCCGCAUAUGUCAACUUUGGAUGGGCUCACUUAUACCUUCAAUGGCCUAGAUGAUUUUAUCCUCUUAAAUGCAACAGCUUCUGUAACUUCUGUAAUUCUGCAGGGACGGACAGAGCAGACUGGGACUGCUCGGGCCACUAACUUUCAAGCAUUUGCAUUACAGUAUACCUCUGACACUUCAAGUGUUAAAGUUGAGUGGUAUCUUGGAACAAAUGACUCAAUAACAACCUAUGUUAAUGGUCAGAAUGUCACGUUUGGCUAUUCAGAAGAUAUGGAUACAAUGAUAAAUGACUCCAAUCCAGAUGUGUUCUUAUCGAUGAAUACUUCAGUCAGUGCAACCCUUGGAGGUUCAAUUACAGUGUCAGUGUCAGCCUAUUAUGGAAUAUUGAAUGCCAUAACAAAUCUCCCAUCAGAAUUCUUUGGACAAACCCGUGGCUUAUUGGGAGUGUGGGAUUCAAACAUGAGCAAUGAUUUUCAGAUGCCAAAUGGAACCAGCAUUAGUACAAACAGCUCUGAUGAAGACAUUUAUAACUACGGGAUGUUGUGGAAAGUCACUGAAGGCAACCUAUUUACUGAGCCAAAGACACAGCGACCAAAUAAUGGCACAUUCAAACCUCUCUUCCUGAAAGAACUGAAAAAUUCGAACGGAUAUGGACAGCUGUCAGCCACCUGCCAAAACAAUUUAGAAUGUAUUUAUGAUGCUUUGGUUACUAACAAUACUGAUUUGGCUUUAGCAACCCGCCAAGCUGUUGUAGAAUUUCAAGCAACGAAAGCUAUUCUGAAUGCAAUACCACCUUAUAUUUCUGGUAACAAUACCAUCCAGGCUUUCAUGAAACAAACAGUCACUGUACAAUACACUUCCAAUGGUACAAACAUCACUUUUGCUGCAGAUCUCCCAUAUCAAGAUGUGAACAUAAGCUCAAAUGGUUCCCUGACUUGGACUCCAACAAGUACUGAGGGAUUCACCUUGCAGCUUAUAGCUACAGAUUCACAGAACCUUUCUUCUGUCUUGAAGCUCAUGUUUGUUGUCUGUAAUUGUCAUUUGGCAAAUGAGUGUAACUACAAUCAAACAACUACAGUCAACGCUACUUCUUUGUCUAUAGCAAGUUGCAGUUGCUCAGACAAUUACAGCGGGACAUUCUGCCAGACUGCCCCAAAUCUCUGCACUCAGGGAUGUUACACUAACGUAUCAUGUGACCCCUCUGCUGGCUGUGGGAAAUGCCCUGCAGGCCUUACUGGUGAUGGGCUACAUUGCAAUGCUGUAGAUGUAUGCGCUCUACCUAACAACUGUUCAAUUAAUGCCACCUGUGUAAAUACAAACCAAAGUUAUAGCUGCAACUGCAAUACAGGCUAUACUGGCAAUGGAUUCUCUUGUGUUGAUAUCAAUGAAUGUGCCAAUGCAAAUAUUUGCACAAGUAAUCAAACCUGUGAAAACACUGAAGGAAGUUACAAAUGUGUCUGCAAGAAUGGAUAUAUAGGAAAUGGUACUGUGUGUACAUACGAUGCUUGUGAAUCAAGUUAUUGCUUUAAUGGUGGAACCUGCAGAAGACAAGGAACAAACUGGGCCCAAACAUGCAGCUGCAAAUCAGCAUUUAAUGGAGGCCGAUGUGAAACACCAAAAGAUAAUUUCCCUGCACAGCUUAUAACUAGUGUAACCCCAAAAAGAACUGUUCGUAUAUUCUUUAAUCCUGGAGGACCCAUCAAUGAGAACGAGGCUAAUGGGAAUGUUUCUCAGUAUAUAAACAAUUCCAGUUUUCCACAGUAUAUUGGCUUGAGUAAUUUCACUGCACCAAGCAACGCUAGCAAUGGGAAAAAUAGCUUGGCGCAAAUCACAGCUGAGUUUAUGUAUGUUGCAGACCGGACAGUAUUUGACUAUCUGAAUAACAACUUAGUGAAAAAGAUACAGCAAACUCUACAUACUACAAAUUCAACUAGCCGGGCAGCCACACAAUCAAUUUAUAAUGAUGUGGAAAGUGGUAACUACUUGACUCUGGAUCAAAUGCGUCAAAUGCUUUUCUGCGAUGCUGGUGAAUAUAGUGGUGCCUACACAGUGGAUACAAAUCUGACAUGUGUUUCAAACUGUGUUGGUUAUUGCCAGAAUGAUGGACAGUGCACACUGCUAUUUAAUAAAACUUUCUGCAACUGUACCUCCUUCACCAUAUAUACCGUCUCUGGGAAUCAGUGUGAACAUCUUUCUAUGAACCUGAAUGCUUUCUUUGGUAUAUUGUUUGGAGCUUUGGCAUUCCUCUUCCUCCUAAUGUUGGGAAUUGGAUUAGCUAUCUUCUACUGCCGCAAGAAUAAAAAGAAAGAUGACACAGAAAGAAUGUUCCCUACUACGUUUAGUAAGAAGACAACCCCAUUUUCCAGUUUUUCUACCCUGAAAGAAUCCAAUAUACCAACAAUAUCCACUAAAACUAGAAAUGAACCUCACCUUGUUAGCUGGAAACCUCAUCUGGAGAAAGUGAACAGCUUUACUGAGGUGAAGAUACAAAGGCCGGAUAUAAAAACCUAAAGAGCUGCUUUAUGGAAAAUUGUUUACUUCAAUGAAGUUUUAGCUGGUUUACUAAGACUGAGAUAUCCUAUGACCCUGUCCUGUGCUUUAAUUCAUUGUCAAAUAUAUAUAUAUGGCAGUGGCCUUCCUUUCUAGGUAAUAAAUGCACUUUUACUUUAUAAUAAAGGUAACAACUAUUUAUUAUGCGCUGUAAGAGCAGCAAUCAUGCCCAGCAGCAUCCGUGUACUUGUUUGUGAUAUUCUUGAGAACAAAUUUUAUUUUAUAAGUUAUCGCUGUAUUUGUCUUAUUUUGCUAGUGUUUACAUAAUGAUCAGUGCAAUGAAGGGAAAGUAUCAGGGUUGCCAUAUAAGUUAUAAUGCUUCAGAAUGAACGACUGCCUUAUAUUUGCUAUUACUGAACAAGCAUAACUGUAUAUCAUGUGCCUUUCUGUUUUCUUAUCACUUGUUGCUUUAAUGGAAAAUAUGCUUUACAGUGUCAUAAAAAGAUUUAUUUUGACAUACCUCAGGUUUAAAAUGUAAAAUUCCUUUUGCACAAUGUACUUUUGUUUAUUUUUUAAAAACAAAUAAUAUAUUUUUAUAUCAGCUUUGAAUGAUAAGGACUAUGGAGAUGUUUUUAUUUUUGUCUGCCACUAAGGUGUAUUAAUUUAUCAAGCUGCAAGUAUUAUAACAUAAAAAAAGAAAUAUAUGCUUAAGGAUGAGAUAUAUUAAUGCUUAAACAAUGAUGAUUGAAUAUUAAAUAUAAUUUAUAUUACUUAAAUUUUAAUAAAAUUAUUUUCCUGCACAUUAAAUAAA